CCUUGCUGCCAUUUUGAUGCGAUCAAAAAAUUUACUAUUCUUCUAGCUAGAAGAGCGGAGCUAAGGGACUUUACUACUUUUGUUAUUAAAGAGCUCCUUGGUCGCGGUGUACACACAAGCUACUUUCGAAAUUAGGCAUAACCUUAGAGGUGGUUCUAUUUCUAUUUUUACAUCUUUGGGCCUAACUCAUCUGUUGAGACAAUCUAUAAAACGACCAAGUUUCUCUUUGGGAGGACUUCCUUUUCUUUUUUAGUAAAGAGAAGCAGAGCGACAAGUCUGGGAUGCCUUUGCCGUUAAUUAUAGAGUUCAGCGGAGGAGCUGAACUGCUGUGUGGGAACGUGAAGAAACAUAACGUGGAACUACCAGAACAAAAAGACAAAUGGCAAGUUCGAACCCUUUUGCCAUGGAUAAGAGACAACCUUGUGCAAGAGCGGCCGGAACUUUUCAUGCAAGGAGACACAGUCCGUCCUGGAAUUCUUGUCUUGAUCAACGAAGCAGACUGGGAGCUUAUGGGAGAGCUGGACUAUGAGCUGGAGGAGAAUGACAGAAUUGUGUUCAUCUCAACAUUACAUGGGGGGUAACCUAUCACAGUACUAACUUGACUUUAACUUUUUGUCCUUACACUAAAUAUUUGUUGAGUUGGACUUUAUUUCUGGCUUAGAAGACCAUAAUUUUGACUCAACAGUAGACAAUGGCAAGUUCAAUCAGAUUUUUUUUUAAUUCAUUAUAAUAUAUUUGUAUAGGUUUAGCGUCCUUUUUUUAAAUAUAGAAAGCGUUUUACGGUACUUGCAACACAAUUAUUAGGUCAUACGAGCGCCAAAGAUUAGAGGCGUUGUUACAAAAGAGAAGAAGGAGAGAUAAAGAUGAUAGGUCUAGAUGUUUGGUAGAAAGGAAGAAGGGGCAAACCACGCUGGAGCACCGGCCAACCACCCAUUAAGUUCCUUUUAACAACUGUAAAGUUAGUUUUUGAAAAAAUUAAAAUCAUUUGAGAUAGACAGAAAUAUAAAGGAAAUUUUUUGUACACAAAGGCAACUUUACUUUCUGAAUUUCAUGUUAUGGUGGUAAUAUCUCUUAACAACAGCAAUAACUCUUGGUAUAUUAUAGUUAUAGUUAUAGGGAAAGCAGGAAAAGAUAUAUGUUCACUCCUUUCUUUCACUGAGUUUUACAACAUCAAUAUACAAUAUAACACGGAUAGCUUUAAUUCGUCGGGACUGACCUCAGUAGUUCGAGGGAUAUCUUACAAAAAUAAA